AAGUUUGGAGCAUCAACAGAUAUCGAGAGGAUCUAAAAUCUGUCUGGGUGGAUUACGAGUCGAUAUUUCGAGUUUUUAAUUAAAAGGAAUAAAUAUGCAAAGGCCAGUGAUUGAAUCGUCGAUUUUAACGUUAAAUGUACCAUCCCACGUUACUCAUGAAUACGUGCGGAAACGAGUGAGUGAAAUUCAGAGCAUCUGUGGGUCGAUUGACAAUCGAAUCGUCUAUAAUAGGUCACAACUUCUGAAGGCGAUAAGUCUUAUCGAUUUGACGUCCUUGAACGUAAACGAUAGUUCAAAAACAAUUGAGGAAUUGUGUGCAAGGGCAAUAAAUCCGAUAGGCGAGCAGAUUGGUAAUAAAGAUUUACAUACAGCAGCUGUUUGCAUUUUUCAAGCGAGAGCACAAGAUGCCAUAGAUUUUUUAAAACAGAGGAAUAUUCAAGAUAUUUCUGUGGCCACAGUUGCUGGAGAUUUUCCAAAUGCUUCACUACCUUAUGACCAACGUCUGAAGGACGUUCUGGUAGCUGGACAAUCGGAUGUUGAUGAAAUUGACAUUGUCAUUGAUAGAUGUUUGGUCAAAAAUGACAAUUGGGAGGAAUUGUUCAAGCAGAUCUCAGAGAUGAGGAGAGUUUGCGCGGAAAAACAUAUGAAAACUAUUCUAUCAACUGGUGAUUUACCAAGUAUCAAUCAUAUUUACAAGGCAUCAAUGGUAGCCAUGAGUGCUGGGUCGGAUUUUAUCAAGACUUCGACGGGAAAGGAGUCUAUUAAUGCGACUUUAGAGGUGGGAGUUGUCAUGUGUGAGGCCAUCAAAGAAUUUCAACGGCUGACUGGACGAAAAGUGGGAUUGAAACCAGCUGGAGGCAUCAAGACUGCACUUCAGGCAAUAGAAUGGUUGACUUUGGUGGAAAAAAUCUUAGGUGAUGAUUGGAUCAAUAAAGAUCUCUUUAGGAUUGGAGCCUCCAGUCUCCUAGAUGAUCUCGUCCAAACCAUCAAUGACUCAUGAUUAUUUAUCCAGUAAUCUCUUGACUUUCAUCACUAUUUUUGUACUGAGAUUGGCACUUCAACACUUUCCAGAAUAUAAUUCACUUCACUACUUC